CAACACACACAAUCUAACUUCCUCCGACGCCGCCGCCGGCACCGCUUCUGUCCUCAGCCACAACGCCGCGCGGUCCCACCAGUCCGUCACACGAGCACGGCCGAUCCGCCCCCGCCGUCCCACCCGACGCAAGUACCCAACCCGGCCGCCCUGGCGCCAUGAAGCUGGCCAGCCAUCCGCAUUCGCCCCGUUGCCCCCUCACCCCACCCGGCCGCCCGCUCCCACCGCGCACCGCCGCCACGCGGCCCUUCGCUCGCUCCCGCGGGCCGCCGAUCCGUGACUUGCCGCUCGCGCACACGCGGACCACUGCCGAGCACGCCGCGACCGCGGCUCGGCGCCCCGCUCCCGCGCGUGCCCCAUUGGAUCCAAGCAGCCGGCUUCGAGGGGUCAGGACUCCCGUCCUAAAUAUAGUCUGACCGGCGCACGAGGUCUUCGUACCCAGCGAGAAUGGCAGCCUCGCCAACCGUCAGGGUGCUCGCUAUUCGUGGUUCACGGGCGUUUUGUUCCCCUCCCCCCGUUCUCCUCCCCUUAGCUUUGUGCCUCACGAACAACGGCGCAAAGGUGGGCAAAGGCCAAAGAAGACGGUCCAUGGUCAAGCUGCUGAGAGAAGCCACGAAGAAAUUCAAGGUCUGCUCCUCCGUCACCUCGAUUCCUUCGGAUGAAAUUUGACUAAUAGGACACCAUGGAGAGACUUGAGGUCGACGGGGACUUUAUUUCUGCUGGCAGUUGGAAGCUACAUGGAGCAUUAUGUAAGCAACUUUACACAGUAGUUCAUGAAGUUUUGGAUGCCAUUCCUGCCCUUGAUACAACAAGACCAGGAAGCAGUUCCGGACUCCUCGCGUUAAGUUCCUUGAGCAUAGCUGUUGAGAAGGCCAAGAAUUUACUUCAGUAUUGUUCAGAGUGUAGCAAGCUUUACUUGGCUGUUACAGCAGAAUGCGUUCAUACAAAAUUUGAGAAGGCAAGACUAGCACUUCUGGAAAGUCUUCACCAAGUGGAAGAAACAAUUCCCGAAGCAAUUAAUUCUAAGAUCACAGAGAUUGCACAAGAGCUGGAUAAAGCAGUUUUUGCUUUGGAUCAGUAUGAAAAGCAAGUUGGUGAUGACGUGAAUCAACUAAUUCAGAAUGAGAGCAAAUCCAAUGGGUUCCUUGAUGAAAAUGAACUUGAUUUUUUCCGCCAAAUUGCUUUUCGGGUUGGUAUUGCAUCAUCCACGGCAGCUCUUACUGAGAGAAGAGCACUUAGGAGGCUUCUUGAGAGAGCCCAUGCAGAGGAGGACUUCAAAAAGGAAUCGAUUGCAGCCUACCUACUUCACCUCAUGAGGAAGUACUCAAACAUAUUUAGAAGCGAAACAACAGAUAACACUAACACCAACUCCCAGUGCUCAAGUCCUUCUUGCUCCUCCAGUUCAGUGUCUAGCUCAAUUGAUCUCCAUGGAAAUGGUCAAAUUCUUGAGAGGCAACUACCUAGGGCUGGCUCCUUCAAUUUGAAACAGAUUAAAGGGUUAUCAGGGAGCAUGCCAUUGCCACCUGAGGAGCUGAGGUGCCCAAUCUCCUUGCAGCUCAUGUAUGACCCAGUUGUUAUUGCAUCUGGUCAGACAUACGAACGAGCUUGCAUUGAGAAAUGGUUCGACAGUGGCAACACAACCUGCCCAAAAACUCGCAAACAGUUGUCCCAACUCUCCAUGACACCCAAUUACUGCAUUAAGGGUCUGAUAACAUCUUGGUGUGAACAGAACGGGAUUCUAGUUCCAUCUGCACCGCCGGAAUCUCCCAAGCUAAAAUAUUUGAGGAUUUCAUCCCUGAAAAAUAGCACAUGCCUGGUGACUAAUGGCAUCAGCACGGUUUUGUUUGAAGCCACGGGUGCAAAGGAUGACAUCAAGUUGGACAGUGAAGCUGCUUUGGGGAAGUUUUCUCGUCAGAACUCUGGAGAGGCUGCUUCCAAUAUAUGCAUAGAUAAAGUCUGUCCAGAGAAGUGCUCUCGUCAGAACUCCAAAGAAGCUGCAUCUGAGAUAUGCGAAGUUGAAGACUCUCUGGAUAAGUGCUCUCAUCAGCACUCCAGGGGGGGUGUGCCUGAGAGAUGUGAACAGUGGCUCCGUGUGCUGAAUAAGAACGACGCUGAGAAUAUGGAUGAGCAACAUAAGGAGGUUGAGCAGAUCAGACACCUGUUAAAGAAUGACGAUGAACUUAGGGACUAUGCAGGUGCUAAUGGUAUUACUGAGCCACUUAUCUACUAUCUGAAGAUGGCUAUCUGCAGAGAUGAUGUGCAUUCUCAGGAGGUUGGAACAAUGGCUCUUUUCAAUCUUGCUGUUAGCAAUGACAGGAACAAGAGACAGCUGCUCGCAGCAGGAGUUAUACCCCUGAUUGAACAGAUGAUACAGAAACCCGAGACCUGCGAGGCUGCCAUCGCAAUGUACCUGAACCUCUCCUGCCUCCCCGAGGCACAGGCGAUCAUCGGUUCAAGUGACGCCAUCCCUUUCCUUAUCAAAGGCCUGAGGGAAGACGGAUCCCGGAGCAACACCUGCCGUCUGGACGCGCUCCUCACGCUAUACAACCUCUCCCUGCACGCGCCAAACAUCCCAUUCCUCAUCACCUCCGGCAUCAUCGAAAGCCUCCACACCGUGCUGUCGCCGUCCUCUGCAUGGACGGACAAGGCCCUCACCGUCCUGCUCAACCUGGCGCUGACCCGGGGCGGCAAGAAGGAGAUUGCCACCAACCUGGCCAUGGUGGGCGCCAUCGUGCUCAUCCUGGACAACGGCGAGCCCGCCGAGAAGGAGAAGGCCGUCUCCUGCCUCUACGUCAUCUGCAGCGGCGACGAGGGCAGCAGCCAGACGGUGCUCCAGGAGGGCGUGAUCCCGGCGCUGGUGUCCCUGACGGCCAACGGCACGGGCAGGGCCAAGGACAAGGCGCAGAAGCUGCUGAGGCUGUUCCGGGAGCAGCGGCAGCGGGAGCUCGAGGAGCUGCAGCCGCGGGUGCAACUGCACGAGGUGGCGAGCCAGGCAGCCGCGCAGCACCAGCAUGAUGAGGAGGAAGAGACGGCGGUGGCCGCGGCGCCGGCGGCUAAGCCGAGCGGCGGCAAGAGGCCGCGGCUGUCGGGGUCGAAGAGGUUCACGAGGGCCUUCACCUGCCUGCUCAAGAAGUGGAGCCUACGCUGAGAAGGAUCGGCAUUGGCCGGUGUAACUGUAAACUGUACUGUCAAUGUAGCAUUGUGCUGAUAAUCCUCCUGAUACCUGCUGUGCUCGUGGUUCGUCUCAAAUGUUCUGGCA